ACCCCCAGUCCAAAUGACGCCUUUGAGGCACGCUCGAAGAUCAUGCAUGGUACAUAUCACUUCUGCGGUGUCCCCGGCGGCGCAUGCGCCAAGGACGAUAACAUUAUGCGUAAGUCGUCUUCCCUCUUCCCAACCACCUCUAGACUAACACUGGCACUCUCAGCAACCACCACGUCCGCAAUCCCAACCUUCUUCCUUACAAAGCGCCACGAAGAGCACAACGCCACCGCUGCUCGCUGGUCCAACGACACCGAGCUCGAUUUCAACUCCACCUCUCGUCCAGGCGGCCAGCCACCAACCGGCGCUGCUGCAGAGAGCAAGGGCCAACGUGUUGACAGUAACAAGGAGAAAGUCUGGCUCAUCGCCAUCCUGACUGCUGGUGUCGUUGCCUUUGCGCAGAUUAAGCGUCGCGCAUAAACCAUGAAAAUCCUUGCAUACCAAGAAAACCCGGCAUGGAUUGGAAAGACGCGGAAGCGAUCGAGUACGAUUUUCAAUUUCAAGGGAAGUACUAAUGCUUUGCUUUUUUUCUUCUUCAUCUGCUGUGCGGAUCGGUGGGGUUCGGCGUCGGGACUUUCAAGGAAGGCUUCGGCGCAUGGAGUUCCGGCUGAGGUUCAUAUGGCGAUUGACAACAGGAUUGAGAAUUGAACGAGAAGCCAGAGGGAUUCAAUUCAGAUAAGCAUCAGAAAAAAGGAGUUUCAAGAACAGUCCGGUUUCAUUU